AUAAUACUGUCACCAUCACCAAUAACAACAGACAGCUUAUUAGAAAACAAAAGGUUCAAAAAUUUAUAUUAGAAAUAACAAAUAGUGCGGAAGAUAUGGAGGAAACAGAAGACGAUGUUGAUGAAAAUGAGCUGAAUACAGAAGAAGGAUCCAGCACACUUUAUGAUGAAAUAUUGGUAUAUUUACCAAAUGUUAAGAAAGGACUCUUAAGAAAAAGAACCGAAAAAGCAAACAAGGUCUAUACACUAUUUAGACAAAUCGGUGUGGACG